ACAGGCAACUAGCCAGCCAGGUCGUUGCUGACAAUGUUGUUUCUUUAUACAUUCAUUCUUGAUUAGUUUUUUGUGGCGCUUACAGUGAAACGGUAUACCAAAAAACCCACAAAGCUACUCCUCGCAUUCGUUCGGUGAAGCAAAAUAAGAAAAAAAAAUCAGAAAAUUUAUCAAGGCAAAUAAAUCAUCCAAAACAAAAUGAUAAUUUGGAAAUAAAACAACCAAACAACCUAUGUAACCAGAAAGUGUUCACUCAAAGGAAAAAUAAAAAAAUAAAAUCAAUUUAGCAAAAAUAAAAUAAUUUAGUAAAUUUUUUUGUGGUGUGUCUUCAAUCAUUUUUUUUUCCUGUUACCAACAAAUUAGUUAAAAUCGUCGUCUAAUUUUUUUUAAAAAAAUUUAAAAUUGUGAUAUGUAUUUGAAUAUGUUAAAUAUUUUUUUGUGUUAAUGUCAAUGUUAAAAGUCUGUGUUCAAAUAAAUACCUAAAUACAAAAACAAACAACUUCUCCAACGCAAAAAAAGAUCAAAAUACCUAUAUAAAGUGCAGAAAAUUUUGUCUAUACUUAAAACGAGAUAAUCCUAAGCACAAGCAUAAUAUAUAUUCGUCAAGCUAAAUAAAGAAAGAAAAUAAAAGAAGAACAAGCAAGCAAAAGUUAUGCUUUUCUCAUUGAAAUAGUCAAAAAUAACGAAAAACGAAAAAGAAUAAUAAAAUCUUGUGGCUAUAAAGGAGAAUUCCUUAAUCAUUAGAAUAACAAAACCAACAACAAACACCACAAGUUGUAUGUGAAACGAGAAAAAAGCAGCAGCCGAUGUGAACAAGAAAAAUCCGAUUAUUAUUUAACUAUAGCAGUUCGCAGCAGUCAGACCCCCAAAACAAUUGAAUAGUGCGCGCGUUCUCUCUGUACUCUCCCGCUCUUUCUCUCUCUCUCUCUCUCGGUAUUUCUUACGUUGCGCGCUGCCUCAUACACAGGCAAUAUAUAUGAAUGUGGAACGAGCGACCCUCACACCAAAAAAAAGACCCGUAACCUACGACGUACCAAUCUUCUUUCACUUAGAUCUAGAAAAUAAGCUGUAAGCUUGUCAGCAAAAAAUAACAAUAACCUAGAAGACAACCAGCAAGUAAAGUUGUUGGCGGUCUCAUCGUUGUCCCCCCAUAAUUAACGGUCAACAGCAGCUUCCUUUACCAACCACCUCAACAACAGCCACAUCCAAGAUGUUAGGAUGUCUGGAGCAAAUCUCCAUUGAAAAACAGCAACGAUUAAAUGGGCACUCAUCGCCCCUAACGGCUGCCUUGGCCGCUCAAAAUUCUUCAUCACCUUCGUCAUCACCACAACGUUUGUCGACGGCGUCAACAGUAUCUACGGCCAGUAGUGCCGCUAGUAAUACAACAUGUUGUCGACUACGUUACCAACAACAACAACAGCAGCAGCAGCAACAACAAACAAAUGGUAGCUGUGAAACCUUACCCCUAGCCUCAUCACAUACAUCCUCCUGCGCAUCGUCAUCAUCAUCUACAUCGGGAAUGUCAUCAUCAGCCGCCACAACAGCAUCCUCCCUCCACCACCAUCAUCAUCAUCAAAAUAACUCAACAAAUCUAUAUCCUGCAAAAUCAUCACCACCUGCCGCCAAUAAUGCCAUUACACCGCCAAAGAAAUCGCCAAAAGAUUUUAUUUUUGGUAAAUACAUUGGUGAGGGCAGUUUCAGCACGGUCUAUUUGGCGGUCGAUGUCAAUACGAAACGUGAAUAUGCAAUUAAAGUCUGCGAAAAGCGCCUAAUUUUACGCGAACACAAACAAGAAUACAUCCGUCGCGAGCGAGAGGUUAUGCACACACUGACAAAUGUUCCUGGUUUUGUGAAUCUGUCCUGCACCUUCCAAGAUGCCCGUUCACUCUACUUUGUUAUGACCUUUGCCAAAAAUGGUGAUCUAUUGCCAUAUAUCAAUAAAGUUGGUUCCUUCGAUAUCGACUCAACACGCCACUAUGCUGCCGAAUUAGUAUUAGCCUGUGAGCAGAUGCAUCGACGCAAUAUUGUGCAUCGCGAUUUGAAGCCGGAGAAUAUAUUGUUGGACGAGGAUAUGCAUACGUUGAUUGCCGAUUUUGGUUCGGUGAAAAUCUUGUCGGCCGAGGAGAAGGCCCAGGCCCAGGAAUUUCUGCUGUCCGGCGGCAUUGAUUUAGCCAAAAAAGCCAGAUGUCAAUCGGGUGGUAGUAUGCGCAGUGAUGAUGAUGAUUACAAUGAUGAUGAUGAAGAUUACGAAUCGACUGGGUCAUCAGGUAGCUGUGGUGAUGCUGAGACAGGUGGUGAAACCGAUUCACCGCGUGCCAGACGCCAUCAGGCGCCAGCACCUCGUUAUCAUCGAAAACGUCGUGGCAGUUUUGUGGGCACAGCGCAAUAUGUCUCUCCCGAAGUCUUGCAAAAUGCCCCAAUCACUCCCGCCGCCGAUCUGUGGGCUCUGGGCUGUAUCAUCUAUCAAAUGAUGUCGGGCCUACCACCAUUCCGUGGCUCCAAUGACUAUGUCAUAUUCAAAGAAAUCAUUGCCUGCAAUUUAGAUUUUCCCCAAGGUUUCGACAAGGAUGCCGAGGAUCUAGUCAAAAAACUGCUAAAACUGAAUCCAGCCGAACGUUUGGGUGCCCAAGACACCAGCGGGCAAUAUGAUAGCAUACGUUCCCAUCCCUUCUUCAAAAAUGUUGAUUUUGAGGCCGUACGCCAGACAACACCACCAGCCAUAUCACCCUAUUUGCCGGAUCUGGUGCGAGAGGAGGAGAACGAGUUUAUGUUGUGUGACAAUUUGGAACCCGGCCUGGAUGACAAACAAUUGACCCGGCUAUUGGGCAAGGAAUUGGGUUGCAUCAGUGAUGAUGAUACCUACGAACGUAAAAUGAGUGGUGGCUCUUCGGCCAGCAGUAAACCCAAAUCGAUUAAUUCCACAACAUCAGCGUCAACACAGCCAAAGCCCUCAACACCCAACAACUAUCAAAAGUCGGCAAAAAACAGUUUUGAUUUAUCCGACAUGGAGAAACACAAACGUUUGGAGGCCCAAAAAUCGGACAAAUGGCAUGUCUUCGCCGAGGGUGAGGUCAUUUUAAAGAAAGGCUUUGUCAACAAACGCAAAGGCCUGUUUGCCAGACGCCGCAUGCUUUUGCUAACCACCGGACCCCAUCUCAUCUAUAUCGAUCCCGUGCAGAUGGUGAAAAAGGGAGAAAUUCCCUGGAGUCCGGAAUUGCGUGCUGAAGCCAAAAAUUUCAAAAUUUUCUUUGUGCAUACGCCCAAUCGUACCUAUUAUCUGGAUGAUCCUGAAGGUUUCGGCCUUGAAUGGGUGGCAGCUAUUGAGAAAAUGCAUCAUCUUACCUAUAAAGAACAAAUAAAUACCUCAAAUUCAAAUGCUGCUGCUGGUAUUGUUUCCUCCUCACCAUCCACCUCAUCGUCCUGUUCGACAGCCUCGUCAUCAUCCACCUCCAAUACAACCAACUCCAAUGCAAGAAUGGCAAUGAAUCUGAAUAACAAUAACCAUAGUAAUAACAACAAUAACCAUCACAGUCAUUCAACGAGUUCGGUGGCAGUGAAAACCUCCUCAGCCAUAUCGUCGUCAUCGUCAAUAGCCCACAAGACAUCAUCAUUACUGACAGCGCCGUUUACAAUAUUGAAAACGGCCUCAAAUUAAAUAGACUUUGCUGUUUUUUUUUUUUUAAUUACUAAUAGUAAUAUUAAUUAAUAAGGAAAAUGGAUGGAAUGGGUGGGUGGCUCUCAAGGAUAAUCAUUUAGCGAAAACGAUAAGCAAUGGGAAGUGAAAUGGAAUAAAACCAACAAGAAAACCACAACAUAUACAACAACAACAACAAAUAAAAAUAAUAAUUAUUAAAAUACUAAAUAAUAAUAAUAAAUUAUACUGAGAAAAUAAAACUGAAAAUACCAGCCCUUAAACUCUCAUAGAAAAAUUAUUUAAAUUUAAUUUUUUAUUUAGAACAAAUUUUAGUUCAAAACCGCAAAACCUAUUGAAAACAAAACAAAACAAAACCCCCAAAAAUCCUUUAUACUUUAUAAAUAUUAUUAUAGCAUAAUUAUUUAAAACAACUAAAAAAAGAAAACCUAAUAUAAUUUAUUUACAAAACACCACUUUAUUACAUUUAUAAGUUCUUUAUUUUUUGGUAAUAAUAAUAUUCGUAAUAAAAUUAAAUAUAAUUAUUAAUAAUAAACAUACAUAAGCUUAAUUAUAUAAGAAAUUAGCUGAAAGGAAGUAAAGUAAUUAUAAUAAUAAUAUUGCUACUAAACAAAAGAGAAAAGAAAAACAGAAAACAAACCAACUCUAGAUAGUCUCAAUUGCAAAACAAACAUAAGAACGAAAAAAGUAAUUAUAAUUUAUCUUAGAAAGUAUUUAUUAAUUAUAUCACUAAAAUAUUAAAUAAUAACCCCCACAUCCCUCAUGAAUAUCCUCACAUAAUCCAUUUACCCCCUACUCCUCUGUACAAUUUCCUCAUAUCUCCCUUAAAAAGAAAAUGAAAAAAAAAAAAAAACAAAACAAAACCACAACUAACCUUCUAAAGUUUAAGCAAUUUAGCAAAAAUUUAGCGAAAAAACAAACGGUGAAAAUAUACACACAAGCAUAUGUAACAUUAAUAAACUAAUCUAAAUACAAUUACAUCGGGCGAAUACAAUAAUUUCAAUUCAUUGAAAAUAUCCAAGUAAUUAGACUUUAGACUGAAAACAGUUUAUGGCUGAAUGGAUUUGGAUUUAUUUGAUUGAAAUGAAAUUAUUUGUCUAACCCAUAAAUGAAAGUGAAAUUAAUAAAACAAUUUAUAUAAAUAUUGAAAGAAAUUUACGUAAAAUACAUUAGUUUAUAAACAAAGAAUAAGAAAAAUAAACAACAACCAAGAAAAAGAAGGAAACUUAUAUACACACAGAAAAAACAAACUUAUAUAUACACACACACAGAAAAAUAUCGAAAAAGAAACCAACUACUAUUACAUUUAAGGAUUAUCUAUGUAGAGGGAAGAAAAAUUGGCGGCAAAAGAAACGUUUUGAAAACAUUUUUACAAAAUUUUCAAUAGGGAUUCUUUUUGCUGUGGCCAUUCAUCAUCUCUCUUUGUAAGGUGUAGAUUUUAAAUAAAACAAAUAUUUCCCCAAACCACUCCCCCUCCCCCAAACUUCGAAGGAAAAUGGUGUUGCGAGAAACCGGAACUAAUUUCAUCGCAUUAGUCAAUAAUUUUGAGUAUUUUCCGAAAAAAGUUGUAAAUUUCUUUUGAAUAUUCUGACAGCACCAUUUAUCCCUCUGAAAUCACCCCCUCCCCCACAAAAACUUGUAUAAAAACCUCCCCUUAAUUGAUAAUUUAAACAAAAAUUAAUUCUAAUUAAAACCAAAAAAAAAACAUACAAGGCAUAUAUUUUAAUUUAAUUGUAAAACGUAAAACAAAACAAAAAACUCCCCAAAUCCCAAAACACAUUUACAGUUAUAAUAAUUUAUUUAAUUUAUGUUUAAUUUUUAAUUUAAAACAAAAGAGAAAUGAAACAGAUGAAACAAAACAAACAGAAGAAGAUGGAUAAAAGGAUAAAUUAAACAAAUAAUAGCUCUCUUUUUUGGUACUGUGAAUUGUUGAAACAUAAAACAAAUAUUUUUGGCUUUAUUCGAUAUAAUUUAAUUCCCCUUUUUUCCCAGGCCCCCUUCACAUUUUGUUAAUUUUUUGUUUUAUUUGAAAAAUAGAAAAGGAAACAAUUUUGUUUUGUUUUUUUUUGUUUCUUCUUCUUGAAAAAAGAAAACCCCAGAAAUGUGUUAAACUUAUUUUUGUUUUGUUUUCCAACUUUUUUCUAUCUCUCUUAUUCUUUGUGUUAUAUUAUUUUUCGUUUAUUUAUAAAUUUAUAUUAAUUAUUAUAUUUUUUUUGUUUGUAAAUCAAUUUAAUCCUAUGCUAUUCAUAUUUAUAUUAAUUAUUACAAAAUUUAAAUGUUUAUGUGAAGAAUGAAAGAAAGAAAAAAUGGAAAAUCGAGAUCAGCACUCACACCCACAUUUACUACCUUACAUUAUUAUUUGUUUCUCUCCCCCCAAAUCCUCGUAUCUAAUAGCUAUAACAAUUUAAUUUUAUAUAUAUAUAUAUUUCCUUCAAUUUGUUUUGUUGGAGAUAUUUAAGAAAAAGACUUUAAAAACACACACACACACACCAUGAAAACAAAAACCAACAUAAAAAACAACAAAAAUAAAACCUUAUUUGAAUUUCAAUUUUUUGCAAACCAA